GGGCAGCGGCAGCGCAGUUGAGCAUUUGAAGCGUUGGCGCCGUUUGCUCUAGUAAGUCGUACGCCGUACGGCAUGUGGCGUGUGCGUAUCAAAUACGCGUAAAACGUAAAGCGUAACGUGCUACGUAAGCUUGACGAUCAACAAGAGUUUCAAGCCAAAUCAAUUGUGUUCAAGUGUGUGACUGUGUUUGUGAAACUAAAACGCUUAACUGACUUGUAAAUGCAUCGACAACAACAACAUAAACAACUUUAACUGAAACUGGAUACGGAUAACAAGCCGCAACUGAAGCUACAGAUCGGCCGCAAGUGCAACAUGCAGCUGUUAUACGCUUUGAUCUCUUGCCUUGUCUGCACCGCCCACUGUUGGCAGUUUGAUGGCGGAGGUGAGGCACUUGCUGCAGGUCAAAGGUUGCAACGUCUGCCUCGGAAUGCGGCGCGUGCAUUGGCGCGCGGACCGCCGCCAGCGCGAGGAUCGGCAGCGCUGCUUGGCUCGCAGCAGCAGGAUGUGCUCUAUGCCUGCCCACUCAACUCGAUGUGCCAGUGCGCCGGCCUGCCCAACGAGACGUCCACGCUGAUUGAGAUAAAUUGCAACGAGGUGGCGCUCUACAAGUUUCCAGAGUUUAUUCACAGCAGUGUGCGCUAUAUCGAAAUGUCAAACACGCAUCUGCAGAGUGUCGAUGACGAAACAUUUCAGGGCCUGCGUCUGAAGACACUAAAGCUAAUCGACAACGAACUCCAGGAUAUCUCGGAGCGAAGUUUCAGCACCAUGACAUACUCGCUGAUGACGCUGGACAUAUCUGGCAACAAGAUGCAACAGCUGCCACUCGACGCCCUGCAGCGUCUGCACUCGCUCACACGCCUCGUGGCACAGCGCAAUCACAUAACCAGUCUGGACGGUAACUGGGAUGCCCAGCAUGACACACUGCGGUCGCUUCACUUGUCGGGCAAUGACAUCACCGAGGUGUCGCCAGCAGGUGCUCUGGACGCGCUCGUCAAUGCCGGUGACAAUAGUUCGCAGCCCUCCAGUUUGGCCGCCGUGCAGACACGUUUGGAGUCCAGCAAUUCAUUGCAACCACCCGCGACGGCAGAUCGCGCCAGUGGUCGCCCGUUCGAGCAGCUGCAAAAGCUGCUGUGGCUGGAUUUGUCCAAUAAUCGGAUAUCGCAUGUGGCCGCGGACUAUCUGCCGCGCUCGCUGGUGACGCUGGACUUGUCCAGCAAUCUGUUGAGCGUGUUUCCCCAGCAGCUCUUCGAGCACCUGCCCGAGCUGCGGAUUGUGAGCUUAAGGGAUAAUCUGCUGCGGAGCGUGCAGUGGAAAGAGCUGCAGCAGCGUCCGCUGCGCAUGCAUUUGGAGAAACUAGACUUGGGCCAGAACUGCAUUGAGAGCCUGGAGUCGGACUACUUCCAGCAAAACUACUCGGAUGUGCACAUACGCGCCUUAAACAUGGAGCAGAACUAUGUGAGACAGCUGCCCGCCGAGGUCUUCAAGGCCACGGGCAUAGUGCAUCUGGUGCUGGCCUUUAAUGCCAUAAGCCGUGUGCAUCCGGCUGCCUUUGAGGGAUUGACCGAUACGCUCGAGUACUUGGAUCUGGAACGCAAUCGGCUUACCACAGUGCCCGUGGCCAUAUCCACGUUGCAUAAGCUGCGUUACCUGUACCUCACCUCCAAUCAGAUCAAUCAGCUAAGUAACCUGCCCAGCUACACCGAGAAUCUCAAAGUGCUGAGCCUGAGUGGCAACAACUUCAGCAUGAUACCAGUGCUGGGCUUGAAGAACUAUACGCAGCUCUCCUAUCUGAACAUGGGCUACAACUGCAUCACGGACAUACCCGAGGGCAUCUUUGCCGUGGACGGCUGGGGCGCCAAUCUGCAGACGAUACUGCUGCGCAACAAUAAGAUAACGCAUCUGCAUCUGGGCUCCUUUGCGGGCCUGGAGCAGAUACAGGAGAUUAGUCUGAGCUUCAAUGACAUAACCAUACAUCAUCCAAUGGUGUUCGAGAACGUUUCGCAUACGCUGAAAAUCCUCGAGCUGUCCUUUGCUGUGUUUCCGGCCAGAAGCAUGGAGUCGUUGGAUCCACUGGACGCCUUGCUGCCGCUCGCACAGCUCAUCUGGCUGGGCCUGGACAAUAAUAACUUAAAAAGCGUUUCCAACGAAUCUUUUGCCCAAAUGCGCGAGCUUAGCUACAUUAACUUGAGCUUCAAUCAGCUCAAGGCACUGCCACGCGGUCUCUUCCUGCCCGAUGUGCACAGUCAUCUGGUGGAGAUAGAGCUGUCCUACAAUGCGCUGGAGCACCUCGAGUCGCAAACCUUUCACAAUCUGGGCGACCUGCAGACCUUGAAUCUGCAAUCGAAUCGCAUUCGCAGUGUAGCGCGUCAUGCGUUCCAUAAUCUCGAAUUUCUGCGCUAUAUAGAUUUAUCCUAUAAUCGCAUUAACAACAUAUCCCAUGCGGCGUUUACUGUGCUGCCCAAUUUGGCGGCGCUGGACCUUAUGCACAACCAGCUGUGCGCCAUAUCCUUGAAGUCCUUCCAUUACGUUUCGAAUGCAACGACGCCCUUGCGACUGAAUCUUAGCCACAACCACAUAGCCAACUUUGACGACGAGCUAAGCAGCUAUAUGUACAUCUAUCAACUGGACAUAAGCCACAAUCACAUAGCCAAGUCGGACAGCUUCACCAACUUGGCCAACACGCUGCGUUUUCUCAAUCUGGCGCACAAUGCGCUCGGCACGCUGCAGAGUCACGCCUUUGGCGACUUGGAGUUCUUGGAAAUACUGAGUCUGUCCCACAACAAUCUCAGCUCGCUGCGUCGCCGCAGCUUUCAGGGCCUCAACAGUCUGCAGGAGCUGGACCUCAGCCACAAUCAGCUCGAUCAGCUGCAGGUGGAGCAGUUCUCCAAUCUGCGCAAGCUGCGCAUUCUGCGCAUAUCUGCAAAUCGUCUGCGUGCGCUGCCGCGCGAGGUGUUCAUGAACACGCGCCUCGAGUUUCUCGACAUAUCCGACAACCUGCUGAGUGUCUGGCCCGUGCCCGCGUUCACCGAUGUUGGCUUCACGCUGCGCUCCAUUCAAAUGUCGCGCAACAAUUUGGAGUAUCUGGACGCCUCCAUGUUCGUCAACUCACAGUUCCUCUACGACAUUAGUCUGGCACGCAAUCGCAUCACCAUACUGCCCGACAAUACCUUCAGCUUCCUCAACAAUCUGACCAAUCUGGAUCUGUCGCAGAAUCCGCUGGUGACCACCAAUCUGCGCGAGGUAUUUGUGCAUACGCCGCGCGUGCGCAAGCUGAGCCUGCACCACAUGGGCCUCUAUGUGCUGCCGCCGCUGAAGCUGCCACUGCUCUCCUAUUUGGACGUGAGCGGCAACUAUCUGCAGGAGCUGUCGCCGCUGGGCGCGCUGCGUCAUCUGCGGCAUGUGAACGUGUCGCACAACAAGUUCAUCAAUGCCAGCUGCGCGGUGGAGCAUCUGCCAGCCUCGGUGCGUGUGCUCGACCUCGCCCACAAUCCGCUGAGACGCAUAACGUUGCACGAUCUGGCCAGCUUGCGUCAUUUAGCCGAACUCAAUCUGCUCGAUGUUAAGGUGAGCAAUCCUCAAGCCUUCUCCAAGCUGCGCUCGCUGCGCAAGCUGCACGCCAGCUCACAUGCCAAUCUGGGUGACUUGGUGGCUCGUCUGCCGGGCCUGCAGGAGCUGCGUGUGCACUGCCUGGAGCCCAACAUUGGCGGUCAACUGCUGUCGAAGCUGGCCAACAAUACCAAGCUGCAGGUGGUUGAGCUUUAUGGCAGCAAUGUCCAGACUAUUUCCCCGGACGCCUUGGUGGGGCUCUCGCGCAAUCAGCGACUGCAGCUGAAAAUCUCACACACGCGUAUUUCGGAUCUGCCGCCGGGCAUUUUCUAUGCGCUGCGCGAGGUGCCGCAUCUCUCCAUUGAUAUCUCACAUAAUCGCAUCAACGCGCUGGCUGCCGACAGCUUCUAUCCCAACAAGAGCUACUGGGAUGCGGUGGGCACACGCAGCAUUAUGGGUGGGCUCAUCACUUCACACAAUCCGUUGGAGUGCGAGUGCGGUCUGGUCUGGUUUGGGCAUUGGUUGCGGCGCUGGCUGCGCGAAUCUGCGCAGAUUAAAGUCAUACAAAAGGAUGACCUCAAACGGAUGGUGCAGUUACCCCUAUCGGUUGCCGAUAUGCGCCGUGCCCGUGCUAACACCUGCCACGAUACGACAUCGGGUCGCCAUCUGCCCAUACUGGAGAUCUUUCCGGAGGACCUGCUGUGCCAAGCCAGCGCCUUGAGCAGUUCUGGCCAGCGCAUUUUUCUGUUAUCGUUUGCGGCGGCAUUGACGUUGCCGCUCUUUACCAUAUCCCUUUGAUGUUGGCUCUAGUUGUUGCUGCCCAUUGGAUAGCCCCAAACUGUAUGAUAUAUGUACAUAAAGUUGAACAUAAUACUAAACAGAUGCGAUUAGCUAAUUGAGAAUUAACAAUAACGAACGUGCAGCAAAUCGGUUUAUGUCCACUCUUAGCCAUAAGUUUUAUAUAAAUAAAUAUAAAUAUGUAGUAGCAAAAAAAAAGAAGAAAACCCCAAUUAACAAAUACAACUAUUGGGCGCCUUGCGGUGGCAAGUGUGAUGGAAGCUGAACUUAAUACGUACCAAAUAUAACGGACUUGUGUAUAUAUAAUUUUGUAGCUUUGUUAUGUGGCUUCCCUCUACAGUUCCUACUAGACUUAUUACUGAGAAACUUAAAGCAUAUUUCAUGACAUUUCCACUUCCACUUCCUCUUUCAAUUUGAAUUCCAUCGAAUGUCUACCAUUGUAUCUUAUGCUACCGAGUACUGCCUUUUGUAUAAUCAUUUCUUUGACAAACCUCAAAUACCUUGGGGUAAGCUUCCACCGCAGGGCGCUGUGUCUUGGCCAACUUUAAUGGUAAUUAAUUCAAUUGAUUACAAGCGUAUAGAACACGACACACAAAUACACAAACAUGUUGAUUCCUGAUAACAGACAAAGGACAUAGAAUACGCAGAAUAACACCCACACCCACACACACACAGAAGCAUUCACGCCCACACACAGUUAGCGCGUAGUUAAUGAACACUUUUGCAUCUACAUAUAGUUUUAAUAGACAUAUAAGUUGUUAAUAAUAGUUUACAUGCG